CAGAAUUUGCCAAAGAGAUGCUAAUAGCUAUUAGCCACCAUGUCAUGACACUGUUCGAGGAAUAUAUCAAGAUUUACACAUCAUAUUGCAUGUUGUUCAGACUUGUUUGAAUCAAGAUCAUCUGCCGUGAAGGAAGAGGAAUAAGGUGGCAUAUGAAGAGGAACAACUCCCAAGUGUAACCUCCAAAGUCUACUGCUAUACUGUUGCAAAAAUGAUGUCUGUUAAAGAGACCUGAUGGAAGUGAAAGAGGAAAUUCAAGAACCGAAUGACAAGGAUCAGAAAUACCACCAGUAUCAUAAAUCUGAAAAUGUCAUAACUGAUGAAGAAUCUGUUAUUUGCUCACAGAAAAAUAUUUUCUCACAAAUAGCUUGAAGAGACAAAAAUUCCUUCACCUGCCCUCAGUGUGAGAUGAGUUUUCCACAAAAAGUAGAUCUACAGAGGCACCAGAGAAUUCACACUGGAGAGAAGAAUUUUACGUGCACUGAGUGUGGAAAGAGGUUCACACAAGAGGGAAGCCUUAAGACACACAAAAGUAUUCAUUCUGGAGAAAAGCCUUUCAAAUGCAGUCAUUGUGCAAAGAGUUUCGCACAAGAGGGAAGCCUUAGGACACACAAAAGAAUUCACACCGGAGAAAAGCCUUUCGCAUGCACUCAGUGUGGAAAGAGUUUCUCACAAGUUGGAAGCCUAAGGAUGCAUAAAAGAAUUCACACUGGAGAAAAGCCUUUCACAUGCACUCAGUGUGGAAAGAGGUUCGCACAAGAGGGAAGCCUUAGGACGCACAAAAUAAUUCACACUGGAGAAAAGCCUUUCACAUGCACUCAGUGUGGAAAGAGUUUCUCACAAGUUGGAAGCCUAAGGAUGCAUAAAAGAAUUCACACUGGAGAAAAGCCUUUCACAUGCACUCAGUGUGGAAAGAGGUUCGCACAAGAGGGAAGCCUUAGGACGCACAAAAGAAUUCACACUGGAGAAAAGCCUUUCACAUGCACUCAGUGUGGAAAGAGGUUUGCACAAGUUGGAAGCCUAAGGAUGCAUAAAAGAAUUCACACUGGAGAAAAGCCUUUCACAUGCACUCAGUGUGGAAAGAGUUUCUCACAAGUUGGAAGCCUAAGGAUGCAUAAAAGAAUUCACACUGGAGAAAAGCCUUUCACAUGCACUCAGUGUGGAAAGAGUUUCUCACAAGUUGGAAGCCUAAGGAUGCAUAAAAGAAUUCACACUGGAGAAAAGCCUUUCACAUGCACUCAGUGUGGAAAGAGGUUCGCACAAGAGGGAAGCCUUAGGACGCACAAAAUAAUUCACACUGGAGAAAAGCCUUUCACAUGCACUCAGUGUGGAAAGCAUUUCGGACAAAAAGUACAUUUUAAGAACCAUUUAAGAAUUCACACUGGAGUGAAUCCUUUUGUGAAAAAACACUCCAAAAUAAUCUAUCACUCUUGAUUAAAGCUAUUUAACUGCGAUCCAUGCAGAAAAAUUAUUUACAUUGGCAUCAGACUUAAAGAUGCACCUGGAAAUUCAUGCAAAAUAAAGGGGUGGUACACCUCAGAGUCAAGCGUUCCGCUGAAUGCCACAUGUUACGCAAAAUAUUAAUAUCAGCAGCAUUCAUGCUUUUCCUGGUCCAUGGAGUGUGUCCAUGGCUUUCUUCAGCAUCUAGGCUUCUCACAGUCCAGCAGAGACCAAGGAUCAUGUUGCGCACCAGAGGAAGAGCCAUGCUCUGCAUUUAAAGGCAGGAAUGACGAUGCACCAUCAAAUGACAAAUGAGGUGUUUCGUUAAAAAAAAAAAAAAAACUUUGUCAUUUUGAAUCAGUUGAAAGUUUUGCAUUUUUAAGCUUUAUAUUUUUUAAUAAAUGGACUUGUUUAUUUGAACAGUUUAAGCUUCAAUUAUGUUGGGUGUGUUUGGUUAGGUGUACCUGUAGGGGGAUUAUUUUGCUGUGGUAGACUUCAUUAUUUUAAACUUAGUUUGGAAUGCAGUUACCUCGAUGAAUUGGGAAUUUCUCAGUCAUCCUUCAGCAGCAAUUCAUUUGUUCUGUUUAUGCUGAAGGGUGAGGGUCAAAAUCCCUUGUCUCUUCAGAUAUAUCAAUAAUAUAUAUAUAUAUAUAUAUAUAUAUAUAUAUAUAUAUAUAUAUAUAUAUAUAUAUAUAUCCUUUUAUAUCAAUAUCUAUCUGUAUUCUGUUGCUUAACUUCUUUAAUAAAGUGAUGAAUUAACUAUAUGCAUGAUCACAUAAUCAAUUCUAUUUUCUUAUGCAUAACUGAAAUAUACUUUGAAUCAUAUGUGUGUUGAAUGCUAACUAGUCUCUUUUAGGAACAUUCCAGAGUCUUUCUCUCUGUCCUGCACGUAGGCUGAAGGUCUUUUGGGGAUAAGCUUAUCUGUGAUGCUCUCCAGCCUCUCAAGGGAGAAUGCGUUAAACAUAGGUUCCAGAUGUAUUCUGUGUUUGAUUGUUACCUUUCCAUGACUAAUUAUAUGGUUUAAAGUCCUAUGUAAUAAUACCUGAAUAGUAGAAGUGUGAUUUUCUCUUAUUAUUUCUUUAGGGAAGAAAUGUAUGUUAUUUCUACCCCUCUCCUCUGCCCGAGGAGUGAAUAUUUUAUCUCUCUGUUUUGGUUUAAAUGGCCUGAUAACGUUGUGCUGUGGCUCUCUUGUGCCCAGAGAAGAACUGUUGUUCGUCAGUGUUUUGUGUGUGCAUUUGACCUUCUACCCAGGUUUUGAACCCAGGGAUGCACACCAGGCCGACCAUCUGCGAGGUCACUUCAGAUGUAAAUCUCGGGCUCGGACGACAAGUGCGCUGAUUAAUGUUGAUAGGCCGCAUAGCUGUCUAUAUGUUGUGACUUUAUGGUCUUUUAGCCAAUCAGGAGUAAAAUAAUGGAAUGUACGUCCUUGCAAAUGGUAUAAUUGAUGUAAGAUUUUGUGUAAGGUACGAGUUGGCUUUCGAUCUCCUCGUGAGACUUUGCCGCUGGCUCUACCAAUUUCACUGCAGACUAUACUUCAGUAAAUUUUUGAUUCUUUAAUUGAAC